CUUGCUCAAUUUGUUAAUUGCUCAUAAUUCAACAAUUGUCUGCGUUUACAAUCUUCGUUAUUGUUUGUCAAAAUAUAAUGAAAUAACAUCUUUCAAGUUGGAGUUAUCUCAACUUUUCAAAAUGCAGUCAAAGUCAAUUGUUUUAGGCGUUUCCAUUGUUACUGCCGGCAUAUGCGGUUGGUUUGCUUACAAGUACAUACGGAAGAGAAUAAGAAACACUCCACCUAAAAAGUCUGUUCCAAUCAAAAUUCAAUCAAAAAUGACACAUAGGGAGCUAAUAUCAAAGUAUUGUUCCAGAUGGCGAAAAGUUGGCGAAUUGACUGACAUGAUGUGCUACCCAAUAAAGUCUUGCGGAUUCAUCAGACGUGAAGAGUUCGAUUGCACAACGAUUGGAUUUCAAUUCGAAAAUAUUCGCGAUCGCAUUUUUAUGAUUGUAAACGCUGAUGGUGAAUUUGUAACUGCUCGAACUUAUCCAAAGCUUUGGCAAGUCACUCCUGACAUUGACGGAGAUAUUAUGAUACUCUCUGCUCCAGGCAUGAUCAAUUUAACUGUUGAUGUUGCGAGAUUAUUAAAGAUCAAACCUAUCAAAGCUCAAGUAUGGGGCGAAACUGUUUCAGCUGUUGAUGCUGGAGAAGAAAGCGCUCGUUGGUUUUCUCGUUUCAUCUUUCAAGAAGAUUUUGGAUUGCGUUUAGUUUUUUAUCCAUUAUCCAUUCCUUCACGGAAAGUAAGAGCUAAGAACAAAAUUUUCGAUACAGCUAUUAAAUCUGAUACAGGAGCUUAUCACGAUGCAACAAGUUUCAUGUUAAUCAAUGAAAGCUCCAUAGCGGAUCUUAACAGUCGACUCAAAUCUCCAGUUUCAAAACUUCAAUUCCGUCCAAAUUUUGUUAUGAAAGGAGCGCCAGCUUUCGAAGAAGACAAAUGGAGAUGGAUAAGGAUUGGUGACGUUAUUUUCCAGAAUGUUAAGCCUUGCACAAGACAUGAAAACGAAUUCAUGUUCUCGAAAAGGAAAUUCAGAAAAGAUUUCUUAACUUAUCUCAGGUGCCUUUUCAUCAACAUCGACCCGGAAACAGCUGAAAGGAAUCCCGAUCAAGAGCCAUUGAAAACUUUACAAUCCUAUCGUACGUUUCCUAAAACAGGUUCAAGUCCAGUCAUGGGAAUUCAUUUGGGUCUUCGAGGUGAAGGAAAAGUUAACAUCGGUGACAGCAUUUAUGUUGAAGAAUUGAAAUUUGAUACUUAA